AUGUAUCCUUGCCCCACGGAAGAGUUUUUCAUAUUCCCGAUCUACAUUUUGAUAUCCAAUACAAAUAAUCUACACUUGGUUAUUUACGUCUAUAUACCUUUUUUUGCUCUCAACACACUGGCUCAUUUUUUAUUUCAUAUCUGGUGCACUGUGUACUACCUUUAUAUAGCACCUCCGAAAUCCGUUUCCAUGGCUACUCAACUUUAUCAAAGAAAUUUCCUUGUUGGCACUUUGCUCCAAAUUUUUACACUGUUCUCAUUCAUGACGCUUCCUGUGAUUCUUGUCGCAGUUUCUUUAUAUUUGAACCGAUAUUCUCAAGAAUUGAUGAACGUUGCAGUGGAUUGUAUUGCAUUGCACGGAAUUGUAGAAUGUAUUGUGAUACUAUCGGUUCACAAACAUUAUCGAAAUGCCAUGAAAUUAAUGAUCAAUCGGUGGUAUAACCAACCGUGUAACACUAAAGUCCAAUCAAUCCCAGUGCAGGUUACUUCCGGGUAUACAUCACGCUGUUGA